GGAUGCGCUCCGCCAAUGGGAGCCGAUGGGUUGGGCGCUCAGCAAAGUGAAAACGAAAUCAAAGCAUUUCCUCAUUUCUGGGCUCAUGUGAUUCGCCGCGCGCGGCGGGCGCUGGGUGUGAGGUGCGGGGACAUCGGGGACCCCCGGGUGCCCCCCAGACGUGGCUGUGCCCCCCACCGCCCCCACCACCUUCGGGCCCCGCUGAGCCCCGCUCUGCCGCACAACAUGGAGCUGCUGCGCUGCAUCGCUGCCCUGCUCGCUCUGGUGGCCGUGAUGGGGCACCCGGACCCCACGCUGGAUCAGCACUGGGAGCUCUGGAAGAAAGCCCACGGGAAGGUGUACCGCCAUCAGAUUGAGGAAGGGCAGCGCCGCGCAACGUGGGAGAAGAACCUGCGCCUGGUGAUGCUGCACAACCUGGAGCACUCCCUGGGGCUGCACUCCUACCAGCUGGGCAUGAACCACAUGGGGGAUAUGAGCAGCGAGGAUGUGGCCGCGCUCCUGACGGGGCUCCGUGUCCCCUACGGGAACAACAGGACCUCCAGGUACCACCAGCGCGGCGGAGCCCCGGACGCCAUGGACUGGAGGGAGAAGGGCUGCGUCACGGAGGUGAAGAACCAGGGCCCCUGUGGGGCGUGCUGGGCGUUCAGUGCUGUGGGAGCCCUGGAGGCUCAGGUGAAGCUGAAAACGGGGAAGUUGGUGUCGCUGAGUGCCCAGAACCUGGUGGACUGCUCCAUGAUGUACGGCAACAAGGGCUGCAGUGGGGGCUUCAUGACCAACGCCUUCCAGUACAUCAUAGACAACAAUGGGAUCGACUCGGAGGAGUCCUACCCCUACAUGGCUCAGAACGGGACGUGCCAUUACAACGUUUCCACGCGUGCUGCCACGUGCUCCAAGUAUGUGGAGCUGCCAUAUGCUGAUGAAGCUGCCCUGAAAGAUGCUGUUGCCAACAUCGGACCCGUCUCUGUCGCCAUCGAUGCAGCACAGCCCACCUUCUUCCUGUACCGGUCAGGGGUGUACGACGACCCACGCUGCACACAGGAGGUGAACCACGGCGUGCUGGUGGUUGGGUAUGGCACCCUGAACGAGAAGGACUUCUGGCUGGUGAAAAACAGUUGGGGCGAACGCUUUGGCGACGGGGGUUACAUCCGCAUGUCAAGGAACCACUCGAACCACUGCGGGAUCGCCAGCUAUGCCUCAUACCCACAGAUAUAGGAGCACCCCUCUGUGCUUCGGGGAGGGCUCCGUCUUCGGACCCAGCUUCUGUCAAUCACUGCCUGCAAGGAUCAGCUUCUGUCUCUCUGGGUGCAGUUCUGUGUGGAGCUGGUGGGAGGAUUUUCGAGGAUGGUUUACAGAUGGUUUACACCCACUGACUGCUUCUUGGAGGAUGAAAAAAUAAAAAGGAAAAAA